GAUGCUGUUGACGCGAGAAUAAUUUCACUCCGGAGGCAAGCUUUCGAACGGACCGAGAGGGUGAAAAUAGACUUCAUAUUUAGAAUAAAAUAAGCAAACGCAAAAUAUAAUCAACUGCCUAGAGUAGAAGCGACCAUUUGCUCAAAUUGCAACGCAAUAGUAGAGAAAUAGGUGAGAGUGAGUCCCUGGAACGGAUCCAUCCUUCAGUCGCUGGAGGGCUGGAUGAGAAAAUUCCUGUCUUCCAUUUUGUAGCAAUCUUCCCUCCAACUGUCAACUACCUACUGGGCGCAACACUCUAGAGAUCCUCAAUAUGGAGAGAACUGCCAUUUCCACUUCACUGCUCACAGUCUGUUUCGUUUUGGCUAUGUGCCGCUGUUCCCUUGCAGUUCCCUUCUGCCCUGCCCAGUGUGUCUGCGAGACCCGCCCAUGGUACACACCUCAGUCGGUCUACCAUCAAGCCAAGACUGUUGACUGCAACGAACUCCAUUUGAGCAAAAUCUCAUGGAAUAUUUCAGUCGAUACUCAGGUGCUGCUUCUUCAGAGCAACAAUAUCUCCAGGGUAACCUCAGAACUCCAGAGCUUGGUAAACCUCACGGAACUGGAUCUCUCCCAGAACCACUUCACACAAAUCCAUGACGUUGGCUUGAGUAACCUAACCCAACUGGUCACACUUUACCUUGAGGAAAACCAAAUUAAAGAGCUACCUGAUAUGUGUCUAAAGGAUCUAGUCAACUUAGAGGAGCUUUAUAUUAAUCAUAAUCAGAUAUCUUCUAUUGGUCCUAAUGCAUUUUCAGGCUUGGGGAACCUGUUGAGGCUUCACCUUAACUCUAAUAAGCUUAUGGCGAUAGAUAGCCAUUGGUUUGAGUCUCUACCCAACCUUGAGAUCCUAAUGAUAGGGGAAAAUCCCAUUCUUGGACUGCAAGAUAUGAACUUCCACCCCCUCUCUAAAUUGCACAGUCUGGUUCUCGCAGGAAUGGGGCUCAGGGAAAUACCAGAGGGUGCUUUCCAGGGAUUAGACUACCUUGAGAGUCUCUCGUUCUUCGAUAACAAGCUCACGGCUGUGCCAAAGAAAGCCCUGCGUGUUCUACCGAGCCUCAAGUUUCUCGACCUUAACAAGAAUCCCAUUAUCCGUAUACAGAAAGGUGACUUCCGAGACUUUCCCCACUUAGAGGAACUCAGUCUGAACAACAUGGAGGAACUUGUGGCGGUUGAGAGGGGCGCAUUCUCUAACUUACCACAAAUGGCCAAAUUGGAGCUCUACAACAGCCCUCACCUGUUCUUCAUAGACCGAGCUGCUUUCCUGAAAAUGCGUGGCUUGCGCACCUUACUGAUCCACAAUAACAACCUCAUGCUUUUGCCCCAUGAGAUUUUAUCUGCUUUCCCCAGUCUGGAUGAAAUCAGUCUUUAUGGCAACCCACUCAGGUGCGAUUGUCUCGCCAACUGGGGGCCCAUCCUGGGCAACCAAUCAAGCCUCAAAGUUCUGGAGCCCCAAAUAACUCUUUGUGGCUCCCCACCACAUCUUGUUGGCCAAUCCCUUCAGGAAGUGGUGUUUGCAAGUUGGAAUGGGGCAAGCAACACCUGCCUGCCUCUAAUUUCUCAGCAUGCCUUCCCUCCACAGCUCAACGUCACCUUAGGACAGCUUCUAACACUCAACUGCUGGGCCGUGGCAGAUCCAGCACCUCAGUUUUACUGGGUGACACCCACCGGGGACAAAGUCACUUCUGAAGCUGUUUCACCAUCCUCGAAUGAGGGAGGAGGAAUGCCGAAGAAGCAUCGGAUGCAAGACCAAGGUGCUCUAGAGAUCCCACAUGUCGAACCCGAGGAUGCUGGUCUCUACACUUGUGUUGCUUGGAAUGCAGAGGGAGCCGACACCCGAAGUGUCUCUAUUUAUGUGAAUAGGAGCAACUGGCAUGGUGGACACCCUAUUGGAGGUCAUCAAGGGGUGGUGAACACCACUGGAUCCUUAGUAAUCCUGGCAAAAAUCAUCCAUGCCCAGUCUGUGGUGCUCGAAUGGAAGGUGCACCCAUCUGCUGCAUCCUCCAGCCAUGAAGUGUCACAACCCAAGUGGCUCAGCGCUACAGUAAAAAUCGACAACCCGCAGAUCAGCUACACGGCGAUGGUCCCUAUAGAUGUCCAAGAGUACAACCUUACUCACCUUCUACCUUCCACGGAAUACCAAGUUUGCCUGACCAUGGCUGGCACUGAGCAGACCCAGCACUCUUGUAUCAACGUGACCACCAAAGAAGCCAGCUUUGCCGUGGAAAUGGUUGCCCAGCCAAACAACGUAGCCCUUGCAGCAGUCAUGGGCUCAAUGUUCGCCAUCUGCAUCAUGGCUCUGUUGGUGUUCUACAUGGGAUGGCGCAUGAAGCAGAAAUCUUGUCACCACUCUCUUAAGAAAUACAUGCAGCACACCACUUCCAUUCCUCUGAACGAACUCUACCCACCACUUAUUAACCUCUGGGAGAAUGAGACGGAAAAAGAAAAAGAGGGCACCGUUGACCCACAGAACUCACAGAUAGACACUUCAAAAACGUACAUGUGGUAGCUGCACAACAGAAAGUAGAUAGAAGAGACAUUUUAAACAGUAUAUGUACUGUGUUGUACAUAAAUGACAAGUAUGUAUUAUUGAUUUGUCAUUGUGAAAGAUAUAUGUAUUUUUAGAUUGUACCCUUCAAUGCAAAGGACACUUGGUUGCAGUUGUGAUUUGUUAGACAUCCAACAGACGUGGGCAGCAAAACACAUUCUAUGGUUUUGCAUUGCAUUGUAUUUUCUGAAACUAAUUCAACGUUAAGCAUGCCAAUGUGUUAAUAAUUCAUAUAAUUUCUUCAUUCUAUAUCAGCACUAAGCAAGCUAAUACACUAACACAGAUCAACACUAUUUAUAUAGCCUCCCACAUAUCAAAUGAAGUCACAUGCCAUCAGAUUCUGGAGUUUUUGCAUGGAACGUUUGCAUGAUAUUUUGGUGCUAGCAGGGAGUUUUUUCCUAGUUUUCUCACUUCUAAAAAUACACAGGUGUGAGAAGGUGACAUACACGCACUCGUUGCUCUCAUUUGUCUUCAGCUUGUCACAUUUUAUCACCUGCAUUGUAAUGAAAAUAAAAUCUAAACCAAACCUGCCAGGUGCUAUGAACUGGCUGUUUCUGCUAACUAAUUAGCUGUCAUGUGCAAUUAAUAUCUGG